GUUGCUAGAGAAGUCAUGGAUGGAGUUAAAAAAGUGAUAACCAAGUUGGUACCCGAUAUAGAUACUCAAAUUCGGGCUAUUAAUCAAUUGUUGCUAUAUCGAGAUAGGCAGGAAACUUUUGGAACCCCGUUGGCUCAAAGGGCAGUGAAACAAACAAAUCCUGCUGAAUGGUGGAUUCAUUAUGGCUUGUGUGCUCCUGAGCUCCAAAGAAUAGCAAUUAGAGUUCUUAGCCAGAUCACAUCAGCUUCGAACUGUGAGCGUAAUUGGAGCACCUUUAGCCUCAUCCAUACGAAAACAAGAAAUAGAUUAAAGUACAUGAGACUACAAAAACUUGUUUUCGUACAUUACAACAUGAGGUUAAAGUUAAGACGUACAAUGAGAAGAAGCCAACGAGAAAUUGAAAAGGGUUUCAAUCCUAUCAAUUUGGACUACAUUUUCGAAGAAGAUGAUCCUUUAAGUUAAUGGUUAGAGGAGAGAGAGACACCACUACUCGACGGUCAGGACAAUUCAAAUUGGUUAAAUGAAGAGGUUGGUGGUACUAUAGAAGGAGGUGAUCAACCACCAAUAAACGCGCAUGAUGAUUCAAGUUCAAGCCCUGAACGUACACAAAGUGAUGACAAUCUUGGUUUGAGCCCACCAAGUGAUGAUGAUGGUAAUAGUGGUGCUGGAGCUGGGGUUUGGGGGGGGGUGGCAGUGGUGGUGGUGGAGGCGGCGGUGUAGAAUAUAAUUAUGGAUAUGAUACAGGGACAUCAUUUGGAAGGGAUAUAUAUCCUUCUGAUCCUUAUGGACUACAUGACAUACUUGAAUAUUAUGACUUGGGUAUUCCUCCAGGGAACCAAUCUUCACAACCCAGGAGAAGGAGUGCUCGUGGUGACCCUAGCGAUUCUACUGAAGAUUCAUAUGGUGUGGUUCGUAGUUUUGGCGACUUUGGUUUAGAUGGUUCAUCAUCACAAUCAUAUGGAUCUCAUCCUGCAUAUCCACAUUAUGCAUCUCGUGACUCACAUUUUUAUCCCAGUGGAUCAGGAAUCUCAGGAUCUAGUGAGUCUUCUUGUACACACUAUCCAGAGCUAGCCCCUGCCCCAACUUAUAAACAUUAUUCAGGAGAACUUUCAUCACCAGUACAUUUUCAAGAGCAACAACAAAAUGACGCAAACUUGGGUUCAUUCAACUAUGUAUUUCCACAAGGAUGGGGAGAUAAUUUCCCAUCCCAAUCUCAAGAUACAGAUGCAAAUUAUGAAGACCCUCCACGUCAUUCUUUUUGGUGGUGACAUGUGUUAUGUUAUAAAUUUGUAAUAUUGUAUUAAUGUAUUUUCAACUAUUUAUUGAUAUUUGAUAUUAAUCACUUUUUAAAUUCUUGUAUGUGUAAUGUGUAUAUUGAGUAUUAAGUCUAUUGAGUAUUGAUUCAUUUUUAGU